AGAGCCAAUGGUUGAUCAGGAUACUCACUGGCCCUUGGUGAUUGACAAGGGUCGCAUGGUGAUUCAGUAUGGAGUCUCGUGUGAAGGUGCUCCGGCUGUUCAAAGUGCUCCACAGAACUCGGCAGGAUGUGUUUAAAGACGACAUCAGGGCUUUAACAGCUGCAAGGCAAAGAAUAAAUGAAGAGUUCAGAAAGAGCAAAUGUGAGACGUCAGUCGAAAAAAUAAAUGAGAUGAUUAAAUUUGGGUCCGAGGUAGAAGCUAUUCUUCGGCAAAAUGUAAUUCAGGCAGUUCAUGUAGAUGACAGUAAAAUACGACUUCGUCCCAGACAAGGCCUUCUUCUGGACAAUGUGCCGUACUGCGAUAACCCUAGAAAGAAGGGUUAACUAAAAGGAAUUUCACUGAAACAUUUUAACCUGUUAUGUGGUUUGCUUGCCAUUAUGUCCUUUUUUGUAAAAAAAGGGGACAGAAUUUUGAAAUGUUAUGACUGUAACGCUUUGUGUUUGGCAUGGGAAACUUUCAUUCAUUGCUGUAACUUAAAGGAUGUAAAUAUUUUUGUUUAUGUGAAAGAAACUAAUAAAAUAACUCAAAUACACAGAAUCACUUGGUGUUAAUG